UAUGAAUAUUGCAGAGAGAUUGCAAAGGGAAGCUGAAAAGAAAAGAAUUUAAUAAGAAGAAUAGAUGAAAGGAGGUAAUAAAGCCAUUAAAGAAAAAUAUGAAGCAGAAUAUUAGGAAAACAAAAAUAAAUUGAGUUAGGAAAUCAAAUAAGACAUUAAAUUAAUAUCUCAAUAAUAUCCUAGUUUCUAAGUAAAUUCAAUUUACAAUUAAAAAGAAAUUUGCUUUGUACAAAAUUUAUAAGCAGUUCGAUUUCAAUAGAGAGAUUGCAAAUGAAUUCAUUAGCAUUUAAAUCUAAAACUAAAAUUAAUAAGACAAUGAUGAAGAUGAUUGGAUUGAAAUAACAAGCAAAAGGAAAACACUCAUUUAUAAAAUGUCUAAAUCUAAUGAAAAUAAUCAAACACCAAAGAGAUCAUAAUCUGUGACUAAUAAACGAGAACAAGAAAAUAGUUAAUAAAGAUAAUCUCGUUAUAAUGAAAACAAUUAAAAAAACUAAAGAAGAAAUGCCUCAGGAGAUCGAAAGAGAGAAAUAUCUCCAAGAAAAUUUAAUUAUUAAAAUAGAAAAUAUGAAAUAUUUGAUAAUGAUAGAAAUAACAAAAAAUAAGAUGGACGUAGAAAUUAAUAAGUGAAUAACAAAUCUAAUACAAUCUAAUAAAAUAUAUAUUAGCCAAAAUAUAUCUAUGUACCAAAAUAUGAAGAUGAUGAAUGUCCAUAUGUGCCUAAAUCAAUUAUAUCUUAAACAUAAACAUAAAUUGUAAAUCAUCAAUAAAAUAAAAUGAAUGGAAAUAAUGAUAAAAUAGAAACAAGUAAUUAAUAAUCUAAUAUUAAUCAAUCUUAAUAAGAAAGAGUCUAAUAAAAAUUACAAAAUAAUUAGGAAAUUCUUAUUCAGUAGAAAAUUAAAUUAGACUAGAUGAAAUAAUAAUAAGAAUAAAUAAGAUAAGAUUAAAUAAAAUAAGAAUAGAUAAGAUAAGAUUAAAUAAGAUAAGAAUAAUUAAAGUAAGAAUAAUUAAGAUAGGAAUAAUUGAAAUAAGAUUAAAUAAAAUAAGAAAAAUUAAGAUAAGAAUAAAUAUAAUUGGAAUAAUUAAGAUAAGAAUAAUAAAUAAAAUAAGAAUAAUUAAGAUUAUAAUAAAUAAAAUUAGAUUAGCAAUAAUAAUAAUAAUAACAAUUUUUAAAUAAGCCAUUAUAAUUCAAUUAUUAAAAUUAAUCUCUCUAACAAGAUUUAUCCAAAUCAUAAACUAUAAAUUAAAAUAUUACUAGUUCAAUGUUUGCUCCUUAAUUUUAGAUAGCACCUUAAGGAUUUAUUUAAUAAAAUUAGGAACAUUAAGACAUGUAAAACCAACCUUCUGUCUAUGAUAUGCUUAUGAGUUAUAUAAAUUAUGAAUGA